GCGGCUGCCGGGCCGGGCCGGGCCACAGGCGGUGGCGGCGGGACCAUGGAGGCGGCGGCCGCUGCUCCGCGUCCCCGGCUGCUCCUCCUCGUGCUGGCGGCGGCGGCAACGCUGGUCCCGGAGGUGACGGCAUUACAGUGUUUCUGCCACCUUUGUACAAAAGACAAUUUUACUUGUGUCACAGAUGGGCUCUGCUUUGUCUCUGUCACAGAGACCACAGACAAAGUUAUACAUAAUAGCAUGUGUAUAGCUGAAACCGACCUAAUUCCACGAGACAGGCCAUUUGUAUGUGCACCAUCUUCAAAAACUGGGUCUGUUACUACAACAUAUUGCUGCAAUCAGGACCACUGCAAUAAAAUAGAACUCCCAACUGUUGGCCCUUUUCCAGGAAAGCCAUCAUCUGGCCUUGGUCCUGUCGAACUGGCAGCUGUCAUUGCUGGACCAGUAUGCUUCGUCUGCAUCUCACUCAUGUUGAUGGUCUAUAUCUGCCAUAACCGCACUGUCAUUCACCAUCGAGUGCCAAAUGAAGAAGAUCCUUCAUUAGAUCGCCCCUUUAUUUCAGAGGGUACUACGUUAAAAGAUUUAAUUUAUGAUAUGACAACAUCGGGUUCUGGAUCAGGUUUACCAUUGCUUGUUCAGAGGACAAUUGCGAGAACUAUUGUGUUACAAGAAAGUAUUGGCAAAGGUCGUUUUGGAGAAGUUUGGCGAGGAAAAUGGAGAGGAGAAGAAGUUGCUGUUAAAAUAUUCUCCUCUAGAGAAGAACGUUCAUGGUUCCGUGAGGCAGAGAUUUAUCAGACCGUCAUGUUACGUCAUGAAAACAUCUUGGGAUUUAUAGCAGCAGACAAUAAAGACAAUGGUACAUGGACUCAGCUCUGGUUGGUGUCAGAUUAUCAUGAGCAUGGAUCCCUUUUUGAUUACUUGAACAGAUACACAGUUACUGUGGAAGGAAUGAUAAAACUCGCUCUGUCCACAGCAAGUGGACUUGCCCAUCUUCACAUGGAGAUAGUUGGUACCCAAGGAAAACCAGCCAUUGCUCAUAGGGAUUUGAAAUCAAAGAAUAUCUUGGUAAAGAAGAAUGGAACUUGCUGUAUUGCAGACUUGGGACUGGCAGUAAGACAUGAUUCGGCCACAGAUACAAUUGAUAUUGCUCCAAACCACAGAGUGGGAACAAAAAGGUACAUGGCCCCUGAAGUUCUAGAUGAUUCCAUAAAUAUGAAACACUUUGAAUCCUUCAAACGUGCUGACAUCUAUGCAAUGGGACUAGUAUUCUGGGAAAUAGCUCGACGAUGUUCCAUUGGUGGAAUUCAUGAAGAUUACCAGCUGCCUUAUUAUGAUCUUGUACCUUCUGAUCCAUCAGUUGAAGAAAUGAGAAAAGUUGUUUGUGAACAGAAGUUAAGGCCAAAUAUUCCAAACAGAUGGCAGAGCUGUGAAGCCUUGAGAGUGAUGGCUAAAAUUAUGAGAGAAUGUUGGUAUGCCAAUGGAGCAGCUAGGCUUACAGCUCUGCGGAUUAAGAAAACAUUAUCACAGCUCAGUCAGCAGGAAGGCAUCAAAAUGUAAAUUCUGCGGCUUUGCCUGAACUCUACUUUUUCUUCAGAUCUGCUCCUGGGUUUUAAUUUGGGAGGUCAGUUGUUCUACCUCACUGAGAGGGAACAGAAGGAUAUUGCUUCCUUUUGCAACAAUGUAAUAAGGUCAAUUAAAAACGUCCCAGGAUUUCUUUGGACCCAGGAAACAGCCAUGUGGGGUCCUUUCUGUGCACUAUGAACGAUUCUUUCCCAGGACAGUUAACAAAAUGUUGUGUGGUCUACCUUUAUUUUUUAUUAACACAAAACGUUUUUUUAAAUGAUUGCUGGUCUUAACUUUAGGUAACUCUGCUGUGCUGAAGAUCAUCUUUAAGGGUAAAGGAGCUGAAUUGCUGAGUUAUAUGAAACAUUUCUUAUUUUUAAAGAAAGUGAUUUACUCCUGGUUAGUACAUUCUCAGAGGAUUCUGAACCACUAAAGGGUUUCCUUGAUGCAGACUUUGAAUGUACUGUUCUAUAAUUUUCAGGAUCUUAAAACUAACACUUAUAAAACUCUUAUCUUGAGUCUAAAAAUGACCUCAUAUAGUAGUGAGGAACAUAAUUUAUGCAAUUGUAUUUUGUAUAUUAUUAUUGUUCUUUCACAUAUUCAGAACAUUACAUGCCUUCAAAAUGGGAUUGUACUAUACCAGUAAGUGCCACCUCUGUGUCUUUCUAAUGGAAAUGAGUAGAACUGCUUAAAGUCUGUCUCUGUGUGUUAAAACGUGUAGUGUUUUAAUUCAAAAGUUUAUUUACCUGGAUAACCCAGACUUUUUCUGUUUUGUUUUUUGGAAGAGUUUUUCUGGUAUGUCAUUUGGUAUUCCAUUUUGAAAAUGCCUUUUUCCUACCAAAAUGUGCUUAAACCACUAAAGAAAUGAAGUGGCAUUAAUUGGUAAAUUGUUAUCAUGGUCAUGUUUGAAUAUUCUCAUGUCACGCUUUUGCAUUUUAAUUGUGUUGUCUAAGUAUACUUUAAAAGAAUCAAGUGGCACUCUAGAUGCUUAUAGUACUUUAAUAAUUUAAAAUCUGUAGCAUACAGACUAAUUUUUCUAAAGGGAAAGUUUGUCUAGCUGCUUGUGAAAAGUUGUGUGGCAUUCUGUAAGCCAUUUUUUUUCUUUAUCUGAUCAAAGACAGUGUUAUUUUUUUAAGAAAUGAGCUACGUUUAAAAUUAGAAUAUGGUUAAUGUUAAAUGAUAGGCCUUUUUCUUGGAAGGUAAAGGUAGUUAAUAAUGUGGAUAACAGUGUGUGAGAGAGUCACAUUUGUUGUGUAGGAGUCAAUGUUCUGUGGAUUUUCUGUCUUUGUACCUAAGGUUAGAGUUAGUGUGGUUUUGAGGUCUCACUACACUUUAAGGAAGGCAGCUUUUAAUUCAGUCUUUCCUUCUCUGUGCAGAUACUGCAAAUGCCUAAUUCACAUGGUUAUGGAAUGAAUUCGGUGCACCCUUGAUAUUUGGGAAAGUGGUAGCUAAGGAAUAUUCUGAGGAGAGGUUCUCCAUUUACAGAUGUUUUUGGUCAAAUUAAAUGUUUAAGGCAAAUUUGUCAUGGUCUUCUCACAUUAAGUUGAAACUAGCUUAUAAUAACUGGUUUUACUUCCAGUGUUUGUUAGAAAGUCUGCAAGAUUUUUACAGUUUUCGAAAUCCUCUUUAUCACUGUGAUCUUAAUCUGGGGGUGGGGGUGGGGGUGGGGAACCUAUCAUAGCUGUGAGGCAAGACGUUCACCUUAUAGUGCUAUCAAUUUCCUGAUGAAAGGGUCAGAAUAACCUGUACAGUAUUUUGGUAAGAGAUAGUGGCCACUUAUGCUGACUGAGCUGCAUUCUGUUAAUGUCUUAUCUCUUAUACAUAGAACAAAUCUGAAAGACUAUUUGGUCUUAAAGCCAAAGUAAUUUCAGAAUGAAUGACAUAUUACAUAGGAAUUUAGUGUCAAUUUUAUGUGUUUAAAAACGUCAUGAGGAAAAUAUGUUUAGAGGUUAAUAUUUUGAGUCCAAAUUUGAGGGGUUUUUUGUAGUUACCAUGAUUUCAUCAAAGCAAAUGAGUGAGUUUGAGAGGUUUGUUUUUUGUAAUUGUGUUAUAUUUCCUGUUUAUUAAUCUCUAGCUCUGUGAUCAGGUACUUUAAAAAAUUUUUUUGGCCAUUUACAAGCCUACCAGAUCUGCUUUAUGAAAUCCAGGGGACCAAUGCAUGUUAAUCACUAAAGCUAUUUUUAUAUAAUUUUAAGAACAUACCAAAAGUUCUCUGAUUUAAAGUUGUGAUACAUGAUUUCUCACUUUCAUAUAAGGUAAUCAACUUUUGCUGAAGAUAUUCUUCAUUAAGUCAAAAAAUAAGUUACAAUUUUACUGUUCUUGCCUAAAUGGAUAAAAUGUACUUUUGAUGAAUCAGGGAAUUUUUUAAAAGUUGGAAUUUAGUUCUAAAUUGGGUUUACAUGUUACUCUAGAUAAUUCCAUUUUCUUGGCUAAUGAUGGUUUGAUAACCCCAAUUAGCUAGUAUUGAAAAUGAAAGUAACUUAAAAGAUUUAUAGAUCAUGAUUACUGUGGCUAUAACUGCAGAAAAAUUUGAGAAUGAAUUUUAUUAUUUAAAAACACAAACCUUUGUUUAUACUGCCUAUCUUCAGAUGCUCACUUUCCAAGUUUCAGCUUGGCUAAAAUAUACCUUCAGGCAAAUUAUCUGUCCACGUCCACUUUGUUAGUGUCCCCAGAGGAACGGGGAUGGGGGUCGGGUAUGACCUAGUGGGGUGUAGACAUUCCUGGUCCUUUCUUAAUAUCUCAGCUCUCUCUCUCCCAAACUGCCUUCCUGCUGGUCCCUGACUCAGAUUGGGAUGGCAGCAAGGUGGUAGCUGUGGCAAUGAAGCGGUAGCCAGUUGUAUCUUCCAUAGGACAGGGUAAGGUCCAAAGAGCUGAGCCUCUAGUUAUGCUGUAAUGAUAGUGUUCAGGAAGUGCCUCGAGUCAGGAUACAGUGCCAUGGUCAUCAGAAAUUCCAAAUUUCAGUUCUUAAGAACUUUCAUUGGUCACUUGGCCAUUUUGCAGCUCAUACAUGGAUUACCUUUUUUUUCCUCCUCUACAUUAAAGAACUGUCACAUACAGAAUAUUUUGUAAAACAAGAUGGCAAAGUGCUAAUUAAAAUGCACAGCAAAAUUAGUAUUCCAUUAGACAUGUCAUAUCAAGAGUUUAUUUUCAUGCCUGCACUGAAAGAGUGGUUGUAAGUAAACUGUUUCUUGACCAUGGCAGUGUUCUGGCUCCAGAUGGUAGAGAGUCCAAAUACUGGUUCUGUCACAGCUUGGCAGAAAUUGCCAAUUCAGAUGUUUUUGAGAGUCUAAAGAAUAGCUCAUGACAUGUACUACAGCUUCUUGAGUGUUUUGUAAUGCUGGGAUGCCCAUGGGCCCUCUCUCUAGAAAUGCUGGACUUCUAGGACAUUCUGAGGAUUGUCAGUACAUUUAAACUUUUCAACCCUAUUAUGCAGUCUUAUUUGUAAUUGUAAACUUUAAAAAAUGUGGUUAAUAACAUUCAACCAGUUUCUUAAAGCUUAAAAAGAACUUCAGUGAAUGUUUUCAUUUUUAAAUGAAUUUUGUGAAUUGAAUAUCAUGAACCAUGUUUUGAUAUCCCUUUUUCACAUUGUGCCAAUGGAAUGGGGUGUUUGGUAUUUCUUUAUAUGUCAAGGAGAUGCUUCAAAAUGUCAAUUGCUUUAAACUUAAAUUACCUCUUGAGAGACCAAGGUACAUUUACCUCAUUGUAUAUAUGAUGUUUAAUAUUUGUCAGAGCAUUCUCCAGGUUUGCAGUUUUAUUUCUAUAAAGUAUGAGUAUUAUGUUGCUAAAUUACUCAAAUGGUACUGUAUUGUUUAUAUUUGUACCCCAAAUAACAUCUAUACUUUGAUUUCUAUAUUUUAUUGUAUUUGUGCAAAAUCCUUUUGGCUUUAUCACUGUAAUCUCUGGCCUAUAAGAUGUGUACAGAAAAUGUCCAUAUAAAUUUUCAUUUAAGUUGGAUGAUUUUGAGAAUCCUCUAAAGAGGAGAGAAAAUACAAAAACUGCAGUUCCCCAUAAGUUUUUUUAAACUGUAUAUUGUAUUUGUAGUAAUAUUCUGAAUGAACUGUAAAUAGGAAGUAGAGGAAUAAUGCUUAUGUCAAGUCCUAACACUACAGUAGAAAAAUGGAAGCAAUGCAAAUAAAUUACUUUUUUUCCCAAGUGCUAGUGGCAUAAUUUAAAAUAAAGUGUGUAUAUUGGAGUGAGCCAUGCUGUUAUGAAAUGCAGUUGCUGUAAAUAGAGACUAGAAUCUUUGGAUGACUACCUGGUACAGGUUACAGUAUCAGAACAUGUUUGAGAAGUCCCCACAGGUGCACACAGGUGCAUCUGUGUGUGUGGAGGCUUCUUUCCACAUGCUUGGAGGUUAUUGAUCUGUCAGUGGACAGGAUGGGACAUGUCUACAUGUGAACUGCUUUGCCUCUGGCUCAGCAGAUUUUGCUAAGUUUGUGUUAAAGUGGUGUUUAAGUUUUUCAAUGAUUUUCAAAGGAAAUUUAGAGUAUUUUCAUCUUCUAAGUUUUACCUUAUUUUUCCUUCUUUUCCUAAUUUAAGGAUUUGUGAGAAAUAAUUUGUAGAAAUAAGUUUUGUUUGUUCUGUUUUUUGUUUUUUUAAGUAGAUUUGAACAGUCUCCUGGGAGUGAGAACUUGGCUGAUAAAAGAACUAAGGAAGUAGUGGUAGAGAGGGGAGAUGUCAUCCCCAAGCCCUCGAUGGACUCUGGGAGAGGUUUUGCAGAUGAGAUUGUUCUUGCAUUAAAGACUAGUCACUUCAAUUCAGAGACUGGAUUUAGGGAUUUUUUUUUUCCUUCAUAAUAAAGACGUAUCACUAGGAGGUAGAGCUUUUGUUGGAAGUUAGAAGUAAGAAAGAUUAUUUUUAAAACAUUAUAUAGAUUCAGAGAAAGCAGAACUAGCUUUAUCUCUUUAUCACCUCUUCUGCCCCUGGGGUUUCGUAAUUUGGAGAAAGUGAUUUUACAUAUAUGGCCUGCAACUCUGCUUUUUUUGUUUCAUAAUUGAGGAUUUAGAAAACAGUGGGGCUAUUCCAAAAAAGUGAGUAGAAAAUCUGAUGUUACAAAAGCUAGGGCUCAGCCAUGUAUGACUUCUACGAAUUAGAAAAUAUUCAGUUAAAUAAUAUUAAAUCAUUGUGGAAAUAAAGGAUUCUUAGUGUGAGUUGAAGAGAAAUGGAAAAAAGAAGAAACUUAAGAUGACUAUUUUCUUUCCUAUUAUGAAAGAAUAGAAUUAUAAAGGGAUAUUGGCAACUUAAAGUAUUUCAAAGAAGGGAAAGGGACCCUAGACUGUUGAGAAUUACAGGAUUUGGAUACAACUAAACCAGCUUUCAAAAACGAAAACCAAAAAAAGAAAAAAAGUGGCAAAGUAAGACUAAAAUGAUUUGUUCUCUGUAGAUCUACCUUACAGGAAAUACUAAAAGAAAUUCUUCAGAAUGAAAAUGAUACCAGGUGGUAACUUGAAUCCACAGAAUGAAAUAAAAAGUACUGGAAAUGGGAAAGAUAAAAGACUGUAUAAAGGUAUUGCUGCUGUAACAAAUUACUACAAAUGUACUGACUUAAAAUAACACCUACUUAU